CAGACAAAAUAAAUGCUAUCACAUUUAAUAGUACAAUGAAAACAGUUAUGCAUUGUUUCAAAUUUAAAAAAGACAUAUGUAAAUGUUAAGAUCAUAGCUUCAUUUUAGUUUUAUUAGUUAAGAUAGAAUAAAAGAAGUAACAUUUCUCGGGUAAUGUAAGGACGUAAAAUAGUAAAAACGUUGAUUGUGUUAUAAUGUUUAUUAAUUAAAAACUGUUUAUACGACAGUAUAAUAGUGUAACCAGGAACAAUAAAAAAGUAAUACAUUCAGUGUUGUAUUAUAAAUGGCCCUAUUAUUCACAAGCAUGUGGGAUUCUACAAUGUUUUUGAGCACCUUAACCCCAAAAUUUUAUGUUGCACUCACUGGAACGUCAUCCUUAAUUUCUGGGAUAAUUCUAAUCUUCGAAUGGUGGUAUUUUAGAAGAUAUGGCACAUCUUUUAUUGAACAAAUAUCUUUAAAUCACAUUUCACCAUGGAUUAGUGGAAGUGACAGUGGAUCAGAUAGCAAUAACUCAAGUGUAAAUGGUUCAAAUUCAAAUCAACAAAAUGUCCCAGAGUGUAAAGUUUGGCGUAAUCCAAUAAAUUUAUUUAGAGGGGCUGAGUAUCAAAGAUUUUAUUGGGCUACAAACAAAGAACCAUUAACAUAUUAUGAUAUGAACCUAUCUGCUCAAGAUCAUCAAACAUUUUUUACCUGUGAAGGUGAUACAGGUAAGGCAGAGUAUGAAAUUAUGCAAACAGCUUGGAGAGAGCGAAAUCCAGUAGUUCGAAUAAAAGCUGCGCAUAGUGCUCUUGAACGUAAUCCUGAUUGCGCCCCUGCCUAUAUUUUACUUGCCGAAGAAGAAGCUACUACUAUAGUAGAGGCAGAAAAGAUUUUAAAACAAGCUUUAAAAGUAGCAGAGAACAAUUAUAGAAGAUCUCAAAGUACUCAACAUCAAGGAGCCAUUGCAGAGGGUAUACAUAGAAGAGAUACAAAUGUUUUAAUAUAUGUUAAACGAAGGUUAGCUAUGUGUGCAAGAAAAUUAGGGAAAUUGAAAGAAGCAGUAAAAAUGUUUAGAGAUCUCACAAAAGAAGUCCCACCAAUUAUGAAUGUAUUAAAUAUUCAUGAAAAUUUAAUUGAAGCUUUAUUAGAAAUGCAAGCAUAUGCAGAUGUUCAAGCAGUAUUAGCAAAAUACGAUGAUAUUAGUUUACCAAAAUCUGCAACUAUUUGUUAUACAGCUGCAUUAUUAAAAGCGCGAGUGGUGGCUGAUAAAUUUUCGACAGAUAUCGCUAGUAGAAGAGGUUUAACUACUCCAGAAAUGAUAGCAGUUGAAGCUAUUCACAGAGCUGUUGAAUUUAAUCCUCAUGUACCUAAAUAUUUAUUAGAAAUGAAACCUUUAAUUUUACCUCCAGAACAUGUACUAAAAAGGGGGGACUCAGAAGCGAUUGCUUACGCAUUCUUGCAUCUUGCUCAUUGGAAACAAAUGGAGGGUGCUCUUAAUUUGUUACAUUGUACAUGGGAAGGUACUUUUAGAAUGUUACCCUACCCUUUAGAAAGAGGACAUUUAUUCUAUCCAUAUCCAACCUGCACAGAAUGUGCAGAUCGUGAAUUGUUACCCUCGUUUCACGAUGUUAGCGUUUACCCUAAAAAGGAGUUGCCGUUUUUUAUUUUGUUUACAGCUGGUCUAUGCUCCUUUACAGCGCUCUUAGCACUUUUAACACAUCAAUAUCCUGAUACUAUGGGUGUUGUUGCACGAUCGAUGCUUGCCUGGUUUUCUCAUCCAUUUUAUUAUAUUUUAGACAAAUUGGAAGCAAUUUUACCUUCUAAUUUAUUACAACAGCUUUCUAGAAUAUAAGAUAUUUUUAUGAUCUCUGUAAUCAUGACUUAUUGUGAUAUUUAUGAUACUUAUGCUUUCAUUGUCAUAUGCAUCAAUUGCACAUCCGUACUUCCCGAAUUUCUUAUGACUGAUAUCUUAAUAUGUAUUUAUAGAAUUUAGUUAACGUUGUUAGUUAAAAACGUUGUGUAGCGAUCAAUGUACAAUUAAUAAAAAUUUAAAUAUCUUUGAA